CUUCGCUCACAUGUGGACAGGAUUUUAACACCAGUGACGGGAACGUGCUUGUGUGUUGUGAUACAGCCUCAGACAGGCGAGUGCGUGAUGAACCUCGCAGUUUGCUUUAAUAACGGUUAAUCAGCAUACCUGUUCUUAGACCGCGCGAGUGUGUUUCCGUUGUAGAUCGCCCCUCCAGAGGCGACAAAUGAUACGAUGGAAAAUUUAGAAUUGAGCCUGUCAUCACUGGGCACCAUAUCCAGACAUGUUGACAAAAGUCACAACGAACUGAGCCAAUAUCUGUCCAAACAGAUAUGGAGCCAGCAGGACAGGCAGUGUAUUCUGGAGUGUUUGGCCCAGCUGCUGCUGGAGAAGGACUACACUUUGCUGAUUGCUCGACACCUGCGACCUCUGGUCCUGGACCUGUUGGAGCGCAAUGCAGAGAGGGUCAAAGCUGGUGGCAAGAUCAACCAUGACCUCCACGAGCGCCUGUGUGUGGCCCUCAGCAAACUCCUCGGCAUCAGUCCUGAUGCACAGGCGUUUGCUGCAAGGUACUUCAACGAUGCCCCCCCAGUGUAUCAGAGGCUCUUCUUCACCAGUGAAGAGUCAUCGGCUGUUCAGUAUGGCCCCAGGAGGAUGAAGCUGCGGGACCUCAUGGGAGCCACCCUACGUUUUCUCCAGAGUGACUGUGCAAAGUUUCGAAUUCUCUGGGACUGGAGUCCCUGCGUCUCACAGCUGCUCACCAGCGACGUCAUGGUGCGAGGGUACACUGCCCAUUGUUUAGCGCUGGUCUCUCAUAUGACUGAUAAUCAGAAAGCCAUCUUUCUGAGAAAGGUGCUCACAAGUGAUGAGAUCCUGCACAUGAAAAUUAAAGCUUUGGAAGAAACUCAGCAGCUGGAGGUGGAGAAAGCCCUGGUGUUAGCUAAUCAGGGCUCUGUGAUGUGGCGGCAGGAAAAAACUAAUAAGUUCACCAGGGGCCAGGUGGUAUCAGAGGACCUGUCCCAGAAUGUGGUGGCAGUCUGUGGUGUUGUCCUACCCAGGAUAGUUCCCAGACAGGCUGAACAGAUGAACCAAAAAGAUCUGGUGCUGGUAGACUCAACCUGCCGUAAUCUUAGAAGGCUGGCACUGGCUGUGGCUUCCCAGAAGCCAGUGCUGCUUGAGGGUCCUAUCGGAUGUGGUAAAACUGCACUGGUAGAGUUUAUGGCUGCUGUGACAGGACACACAAAAGCUACAGAUAUCCUCAAGGUCCAGCUCGGGGAUCAAACUGACAGCAAGAUGCUGCUAGGGAUGUACCGUUGUACUGACAUACCUGGGAAGUUUGUGUGGCAGCCAGGAACGCUGACACAAGCUGUAUCUAAAGGCCAGUGGAUCCUCUUGGAAGACAUUGACCAUGCUCCUCUGGAUGUGAUAUCUGUGCUCCUGCCUCUGAUGGAGAACAAAAAGCUGAUGAUUCCAGGACGGGAGGACUGUAUUGAUGUUGCUCCUGGAUUUCAGUUCUUUGCAACCCGAAGGAUAUACUACAGCGGUGGCAGUUGGCACAAACCACAGAACUCUCAUGCAGCACUGCUGGACAAGUACUGGACCAAGCUGCAAAUGGGCAACAUGGCACGAGAAGAGCUGAAGAAGGUGCUCAUCAGCAGGUAUCCUAGGCUGACAGUGGUGUCAGAUCGUCUCCUGGAUAUCUACUGCCAGCUGACUGGGGAGAGACACUCUGACCUAGACCCGAACAGUCCCCAAACCCCUGACGGUAGUCAGCAGCACACGUCUGAGGACAAAAGCACACCGCUGGAGGGGAGAGCCCUGUCACUGAGGGACCUUCUGAAAUGGUGUGAGCGGAUCAGCGUUAACUUUGACAGCACCUCAUCAGCCACAGCACAUCAUGUCUUCCAAGAGGCUCUUGACUGCUUCACAGCCAUGCUGUCUCGUCCUGAAAGUCGACUGCGAAUGGCUGAGAUUAUUGGAAGCAAGCUCAACAUCUCCAAAGAGAAGGCCCAGCAUUUCUGCCAGAUGUAUCAGCCUGGCAUUGCGCUGACCGAGCUGGAGGCCUCGGUGGGCAGAGUGACUUUGGGUCGAAAGCAGACUGAAGCGGUGCAGCUGAGUGUGGACAACCAGACAUUUGCUGCCACACGUCCCUCUGCUGUGCUGUUGGAACAGCUGGCAGUGUGUAUAUCCAAAGGGGAGCCUGUUCUUCUGGUGGGAGAGACAGGAACUGGAAAGACCUCCACUGUACAACACCUGGCCAGAGUCACAGGACACAGGUUACGGGUUGUGAACAUGAACCAGCAGAGUGACACUGCCGACCUGCUUGGAGGGUACAAGCCAGUAGACCACAAGCAGAUCUUGCUCCCCCUGCGGGAGGCCUUUGAGGACCUGUUCUCCCAGACAUACUCCAGGAAGCAGAACCUGACCUUCCUAGGUCAUGUGCAGACCUGUUUUAGGGGCAAGCGCUGGCAGGAUCUGCUCAAGCUCAUGGACCACGUCUGCAAGUCUGCCCUCACCAAGGAGCUGCAGGAGAAGUCAAAUGCUGCCUUCCUGCAGGAGCAGUGGGAGGCGUUGGCCACCAAGCUGAGCCAGACCCAGCAGCAGAUCCGAACCUGUGAGACAGCCAUGGUCUUCGCCUUUGUGGAGGGGACAUUAGCUCAGGCAGUAAAGAAGGGCCACUGGAUCCUGCUGGAUGAGAUCAACCUGGCAGCAGCAGAGACCCUGGAGUGUUUGAGUGGACUGCUGGAAGGCAACGCUGGAUCUUUGGUGCUGCUGGACCGUGGGGACACUGAGCCGCUCGUACGCAACCCAGACUUCCGACUCUUCGCCUGCAUGAACCCAGCUACUGAUGUGGGCAAGAGAAACCUGCCUCUGGGCCUCAGGAACAGGUUUACUGAGCUGUAUGUGGAGGAGCUGGAGAAUGAGGGAGACCUGCGGAUUUUGGUUUCAGAUUACCUCAAGUUCUUGAAUCCACACAGGAAUGUCAUCAGUGGCAUCAUAAGUUUUUACCUAGCAGUACGAAAGGAGGCCAACUCACAUCUGGUGGAUGGAACAGGCCACAGACCCCACUACAGCUUGCGUACUCUGUGCAGGGCACUGAAGUACGUGGCAGCAAACCCCUGCCACAGCGUGCAGCGCUCUCUCUACGAGGGUUUCUGCCUGAGCUUUCUGACUCAGCUGGACAGAAGUUCCCACCCUCUGGUCCAGAAACUGGUGUGUCAGCACAUUCUGAUGGGCAACGUAAAGUGUCUCAAACAAUCCAUCCCUGCGCCCUCAGGCUGGCUCUGCGUGGAGGUGGAGGGCUACUGGGUGUCUCAGGGGGAGAUGGAGCCGGCUGUGGACCCUAGCUACAUCCUCACCGCCUCAGUCAAACUGAACCUCCGUGACCUCGUCAGAGUGGUAUCUGCAGGGUCUCACCCAGUGCUGAUCCAGGGAGAGACAUCUGUGGGGAAGACGAGCCUGAUCCGCUGGCUGGCCGCAGCCACGGGGAACCAGUGUGUGAGAAUCAACAACCACGAGCACACCGACAUCCAGGAAUACAUAGGCUGCUACUCAUCCGACGACAGGGGCAAGCUGGUGUUCAAAGAGGGCGUUUUGAUAGACGCAAUGAGGAAAGGCUACUGGAUCAUCUUGGAUGAGCUGAACCUCGCCCCCACCGACGUUCUGGAGGCUCUCAACAGAUUGCUCGAUGACAACCGGGAGCUCUUUGUGGCCGAGACACAGGAAGUCAUCAAGGCUCACCCCAGAUUCAUGCUGUUCGCUACCCAGAACCCCCCUGGUCUCUACGGGGGUAGAAAGGUGCUGUCCAGGGCUUUCAGGAACCGCUUUGUGGAGCUGCACUUUGACGAGCUGCCCAGUGGAGAGCUGGAGACCAUCCUCCACCAGAGGUGCAGCCUGCCUCCAUCCUACUGUACCAAGCUGGUCAAGGUCAUGCAAGACCUGCAGUCCUUACGUAGGGGGUCUUCUGUGUUUGCGGGGAAACAUGGCUUCAUCACGCUCAGAGAUCUGUUUCGCUGGGCAGACCGCUACAGGCUGGAGGAGCAGACGGAGGCGUCUCAGGACUGGCUGCAGCAUUUGGCUGACGACGGGUACAUGCUGCUGGCAGGACGUGUGAGGAAGCCAGAGGAGGAGGCCAUCAUCCUAUCCAUCCUGGAGAAGCACUUUAAGAGGACGGUGAACCCUGAAAACCUGUUCUCUCAGAAACAGGUCACCAGCCAGUUCAGUCCCUUCAUCGACGCAUCGCCGAUUCCGGAGAGUUUCGCGCACAGUGGUGUGGAGCACAGCAGUGAUGAGGCUAGCUGUGCUAGUAGACGGGCGCUUCGAUUUUGGCGAGUCGUCCUGUCUUGUAGGAGACACCGGGGAUGUGGAAAGACUACAAUCUGCCAGCUGUUUGCUGCUUUGGCUGGACAGAAGUUUUUCUCAGCUAACUGUCACCUUACACAUGGAGACGUCGACUUCCUGGGAGGCCUGCGACCUGUCAGAACACACAUCAGUGUUCUUGAGACAGAGAAGUCCCUGGUGCUGGCAGAGAAGGGCAGCGGGGACAAUGACGACGUGGAGCUGAUCAGAGCAGCUGCAGGUUUCCGUCUGGUUGCCACCAUGAACCCUGGAGGAGACUUUGGCAAGAAGGAGCUCUCUCCGGCCCUCAGGAACCGCUUCACAGAGAUCUGGUGUCCUCAGAGCAACAGCCGCAGUGACCUGGUUCAGAUCAUCCAACACAACCUGCGCUGUGGCCUCUCUCUCGAUGGUGGCGAUAUCGCUGAGCUCAUGCUGGAUUUCAUCGAGUGGCUGACACGACAAGACUUCGGCCGGCGCUGCAUCCUGAGUGUCAGAGACAUCCUGUCAUGGGUCAACUUUCUCAAUAUCGUGUGUGAGCGGGACGAGGACGGCUUCAUGACCAUGGGAGCCCUGGAAGAUGAAGAGGGAGCAGAAUGGGACCUCAGACUGGACACCGUUACCGCCUUUAUUCACGCUGCAUGUCUGGUCUACAUCGAUGGCAUCGGCUCCGGAACCACAGCGUUCUGUGCUGACAACGCCCUGCUGGCACGCCGGCUAUGCCUGGGCUUCCUGCAACAGCGGCUGAGCAAGAUGACCAAGCUGGAUCAGGAGAUGCUGGACGCCUUGAGAGUCUAUGACAGCAGCCUGCCGCGGGAACCCCAGUGGGGGGAAGACUUCUUCGGCAUUGACCCCUUCUACAUCGCCUUAGGAACUCAGACCGAGAGCCGUAACCUGUCAGACUACGCCAUCGCAGCGGGCACCACCGCGGUGAAUGCUCAGAGGCUCCUGCGGGCACUGAAGCUGCAAAGGCCCGUGCUGCUGGAGGGCUCACCUGGUGUGGGAAAGACCAGCCUGGUGGCAGCGCUGGCAAAAGCUUCUGGGAACCACCUGGUCAGGAUCAACCUGUCAGAUCAAACGGAUGUUACUGAUUUGUUUGGAACAGAUCUCCCUGUGGAGGGAGGGAAGGGAGGGGAGUUUGCGUGGCGCGAUGGCCCCCUUUUGGCUGCUUUGAAGGCAGGACACUGGGUUGUCCUGGAUGAGCUGAACCUGGCCUCUCAGUCGGUGUUGGAGGGCCUGAAUGCCUGCUUCGAUCACCGAGCAGAGAUCUACAUUCCUGAACUGGGCAUGAGCUUCCAGGUUCAGCACGAGAAGACCAAGAUCUUUGGCUGCCAGAACCCCUUCAUGCAGGGCGGUGGGCGUAAGGGACUGCCCAAAUCCUUCCUCAACAGAUUCACUCAGGUUUUUGUGGACCAGCUCACUAGAAAAGACAUGGAAUUCAUAGGAGACUCCAUUUUCCCCAGCAUUGAUAAGGAAAUCGUUGCUAAAAUGGUGGAGUUCAGUAACAGGCUUGUCCAGGAGGUGUGCGUGGAGAGGCAGUGGGGUCAGAAAGGAAGCCCCUGGGAGUUCAACCUGCGCGACAUGUUCCGUUGGUGUGAGCUGAUGCAGGCUGACCAAUCACCAGGAUUUUUCAACCCAGGCCAGCAUGUAGCCUUGGUUUAUGCUGACAGGAUGAGAGCCGAUGCUGACAAGGCUCAGGUGCUGUCCGUGUUCAGGAAGGUGUUUGGGGAGGACUUUGAGCCUUACACCGGCUCCAGACAGUUCCACAUCACUCCACUUAACCUGCAGGUUGGCUUCUCUGUCCUGCAGCGCAGUGGCGGAGCCCCUGUGGCCCUGGACCCCCCGCUGUCCAUCACGCACCAGGCACUGCGGCCCCUGGAAUCCCUGAUGAAGUGUGUGGAGAAGGGCUGGAUGACCAUACUGGUCGGCCCCACAGCCAGCGGAAAGACCAGCCUGGUUAGACUGCUAGCUCUGCUGACAGGACACCGCCUCAGGGUCAUGGCCAUGAACAGUGCCAUGGACACCACAGAGCUGCUGGGAGGUUUUGAACAGGUGGAUAUCAUGCGGCCAUGGCAACAAGUGCUGGAGAGCGUGGACUACAUCGUUGCCAUGGUCAUAAGGCGUGGCCUGAUGUCACUGGAUGUUGGCAUCCAGGACACAGAGUUUCUGCUCCAGACGUGGGGUCUGUUCUGCCACUGGCUGAAGGAGGAAGGACUACAAAGAACAGGGGGAACUGUCAACUCAGAAGCCCUGAACAAGCUGGAGGUCAUCAUCCUCCUCCUGCAGAAACUCAACACCAAGCUCAAAGUGUUCACUGACAUGUCCAAAUUGCAGAUGGACUUCACACUGCUGAAGGAGCGUUUGGCUCAGCUGGAAGACGGCUGGACAAACGGAGGCUUUGAGUGGUUGGACGGUAUGUUGGUCCAGGCUUUGCAGGCUGGUGACUGGCUGCUCAUGGAUAAUGUCAACUUCUGCAGUGCCUCUGUCUUGGAUCGCCUCAAUGCUCUGCUGGAGCCCAGGGGAUCCCUAACCAUCAACGAACGCGGUGUCAUAGACGGGAAGACCCCCAAAAUCACCCCACAUCCCAACUUCAGGCUGUUUCUGACCAUGGACCCUGUGCACGGGGAGCUCUCCAGAGCCAUGAGGAACCGAGGGGUGGAGGUUUACAUCCCAGGGGAACAUGAGGGGGUCUGCUGGGACACACUGGACCUAAAGACCCUGCUUCACACCGCAGGGGUGACCGGGGACUGUGUGUGUGAUCUGCUGAUUGAAAUACACAAAAGCAUCAAAUCUGCCAUCUGGGAUUCCCCUGCCUCAUCGGUGGCAUCCCUCCUCCAUGCUGCCACCCUCCUGUCCUGCCAGCUGCAGAGAGGUGUAGAUUUACCCAGCGCCCUGCAGCAUGCUUGUGGAGAGGCCUACUCACUGUGCCAGCGCACCACUGCCAGCCAAAAGCAAGCCCAGCUGUUGAUUGAGCAGCACUUAGCCAUCCUGGACACAGAGGACUGGGGCAGCGGGCUGCUGUGUGCCGGAGUUUGGCCCGAUGGCUUCCCCUCUGCCCUCCUCUCCACGGAGGAUUCCUGUUUCUCCGCUGUCCUCCGAGAUGGACAGGUUCUCUCAUUUUGCCUCAACACCCUCAGCCUGCAGGGCAAACGGAGUCGCCCACUGAGUCUGAGUGACCUGCAGAGGGCGCUGCAGAGCGGCGGUGUCCAUGAAGGCCUAGUGUUCUCUGGAGGAGUGGUAGAUCUGGCUGACGGAGAUGCUCUGAGGUUGAUCCCCACAGCAGUAAGACUGGUCACAGAAAGAGCCUCUCAUGGAGACUGGAUCCUCCGCAGCAGCUGGCUCUCACACCUUGGAAAGAGCUACAAAUAUGUCCCCGAUCCAGCUCUGGUCCAGGUAGAGGCAGGAAACAGGGCUCUGAAGGCUGUGUUUGGGAGCAAACUUGCUGCCAAGGGCAAGUCUCUAGCAGAGCUGCUGCAGCCUCACAGCAUCGAUGAAUACAGGAUUCUGGUGGACAUGCGGUGGAACAAGCAGUACCUGGAUAUUUUAGCUAACAAGUGCAACUUUGAGGACGAGGAAAGAUACAUGGAGUUCCUCGAGGCACUAAACGCAGUCGCCAACAGGAUUGUUCUGAUGGUGGACAGAGAGGAAAGGUCUGUCAUCUGCACCUGUGCUAUCAACCUGUCUGCCCAGAACUGUGCCCUGAGAAUAGCCACAGCUUUCAGCAAAGGGACUGUGGAUAUUGGUCAUCUGCCCCACCCAGUGCUGAUGCACCUGCGGACCUUCUUUGACCUAUGGGACUCAUUCACCCUGCAGGCUGUGCAGAGUGGACAGCCCUACAUCUCAGAUCACAUCAUGUUUGAGAUCCUACAGUUGCUUCAGUGGCUCGAUCGUUUCUGGGAUGUAUGCAGCACGCUGCCGGCUGACUCUCAGGGCAUCUCUGUGCUGUCUCUGCACUGGCAGUGGGUGCAGAAACACCUCAUCCUCAGACUGCCCCAGCUCCUGCUGGGAGACAGCGACGCCACAUUCGAAGGUCACCAGGAGCUGCAGGCGGUCUCAGCAGCCAUCCAGACUGUUCUGUCUACCCCGGUGUCUGUGGCCACGGCUCUGAAAGGCAUCCAGAAAACCCUCGGGAAAGCUCUACCGUUCAAGUUGGAGUCAGUGGCUGAGUGUGCGUCUCGGCUCAGGCUCCUGAGUAAAGCCCUGGAUGUGAGUGAUCUGAGGCUGGACGGCACCACGGGUCCUUGGAGGCAAGAGCUGGUCCGACUUCAGGGUGCCGGUCUCGGGCUGGACAUUAAAGAGAGUCUGCUGGAAGCCUGUGGCCUCGUUCUACUGGCAAACAACCAGCUGGAUCCACAGAAGUCUGGAGUAUUGGAGAGGUUGUUGUCGAGUGUGGAGCAGCAGCAGCGUCAGAUGACCUCCAGAGGGCUCCUGGAGUUUUGUUCCAUGCCUGAGGGUGAGGAGCCAGGAGACGGAGUCCACCUGGCCAGAGACGAGCUGCAGCAGCUCAGCCGCAGGGCUCAGCUCUGGCCCCUGAUGGAGGAACUGGCCGUACUCAACCAGCUGCGACUCAGCACUGACCUGCUGCACAUGGCUCUGUCUCCUGGCGACCAGGAGGCUGAGGACAGCUUACGUCGAGAGCUUUCCAGACAUCUGCGCUACUGCCUCCAAUCCACACCGAUGAACGUCAGUCAGCUCCAGCCGCUGUGGUUCCUGCUCACCAGUGACAGGCCAGCUGAGGAGCUGCAGUUUGUGUGGUGUGAGCUGCUAUCAGAGGCUCUGGCCGCCCUCUGGACCAGCAGUGUGACCUCAGACCCUGACCUCUGGCUGAAAUGGGAUCCACUGAGAUCUGAGACCCAGCCAGCUCCAAAGCUGCACCACGGAGCAGACAACAUGGGACCAGCCUUGCUAAGUAAAGCAGUGUGGUCGCGUUGCAUGAUGGGAGUGCUCAGCAGCAGUGACACUGGAGGUCGAUGGGAACCAUCAGGGGUAGCCCUUCUCUCCCUCUCCCAUGUCAACCUGGGGGAGUGGAAGGAGAGGAUCCAGCAGCUGCAGGAUGUGUCUGCUGUGUUGUGGGACAAUAUGGCCAUCCCCACACUGGCUGAAUUCAGGGGCACAGACUUCAGGCUCCAGGGCGCUGUCCUGCGUCGGCAGCUUCAGAGCAUGGCGGAUCUGCUGCCUCCCAGCCUGCAGGAGGGCUACAUGGAGAGCUGCGAGAGUCUGGUGGAGGACCCUGACCCUCUGAUAGCCGCCCAGGAGAUCCAGACCGUCUUUAGAGACUUCCUGCCUCCCAACCUGCUCCCCGAUGGCCUGGUGGAGGCCUGCAUCGCCUGCUUGCAGCAGUAUGUCCAAAGCAAAGUCCAAGGCUCCAACCAGCUGGCCCGCUCCGGAGUGUUCUGGGUCAACAUGGGCCUGCUGCAGAUCAAAGUGUGGACACCACAGACCAUUUUUGACCCGGCUGUGAAGAGGGCCUAUAAACUCAACUACGCUCAGCAAGAGCUGGCUCUGCUGCAGGAGGAGUGGAGAGGACGCAGCCUGUCAUCUCAGCUGAUGACUGGAGCAGAGCUGGAGGAGAGCAGCACUACUGAUGGCUUCCAACAUCCUCGAAUCAGGUACCUGUGGAUCCGUAUGCAGCAGGUGAAGGAGCAGAUAGCCGAGCUCUCCAGGAAGCAGGCGUGUCGCCCUCAUGAACCCCAGUACGGUCGCCUCUUCCAGGAGCUUCAGCACUAUCUCUGUAGCAUCGGCCAGGCGUCUGCAGUGGAAGACCUCUUGUCCCACCUGCUGAAGGCCACUCAGAGCUCCUCCUCCUCCAAGUCUAGGUCAGCAUUGCAGGGCCUGCUGAAAGAGGAGGCUGUGUGGCAGAACUCCCAGCAGCGCUUCUGCCAGAGGCUGCUGGAGGAUUAUCCCCUGUACCCUGAUGUGGUCGGUCCGGUACGGACCGGCAUCCUCCAGCUCCGACACGGCAUGAGGCUGGUGGCUUCCCAGGUGGCCGCCUCACUCACGCCUGUACCCGGUCUGCCCAAGCUGGUGUCCUGCCUGCUGGCAUUCCCCUCCCUGUCCCACAGUCUGCCGUCCUACCUGGCCCGGGCAGACUUCCUCUGCUCCAGGGCUUGCAUGGAUGUUCUGCGCUGCCUGGUGAAGCUCCUGCCCCAGCAGCAAGACCCCGAGCAUGUGGUCCCCCAGUCCUCCACGCUGCUCCUGAACUCUCUGCUGUAUGUGCAAUGCCACACCCUGUCCACAGGAGAGUUCAGCCAGGAGGCACACAGCCUCUUCAGACACAUCUGUCAGGCUCUGGUAAACGAGUGGGAUGAAAAGGAGAGACGGAAGAGAGAGCGGGAGCAGCUGGAGGCCAGUCUAUACCGCAGUCGCAGUCGACUGCACGGCUCAGGACUGACUGAGGAUGAGCAGGAGGAGAGAGAUUUCAGACGCCAGUUCCCCCAGUUCAACCAGGACUUUGCAGACAUCAUAUCCCAGCCAAGUCUGGAGGGUCCAGCAGACUUGGGACUGAAGGAGGAGGAAGAGAAAUCCCAGGAGGAGUCCAGUGAGAGCAGCUUCCUGUCUUCAGCUGCCGUGAACACACUGGUCCAGGUUCAUCAGCGCCUCUGUCUGGGAUACGCACAAUCACUGUGGUACCAGAGCACAAAACCAGCCAAUCACAGCAAAGAACACAUCAACGCUCUGAUCUCCUCCUAUCAGAUUGGUUCCCCUAUGAUGUCACGCUUCUAUCAUUUGAUUGAUGCUGAACUGGACCAGCAGCUGACUGGCAGUGAACUGCUGAUCUCUGCCCUGCUCCAGAACACGGUGCAGGGCUCGGGGGGUCCCGACGGUCUGGCGGUCACCUCAGAAGGACCUUAUGACUUCUACCAGCAGCCCAACAUGAGCGAGGCCCGUCUCUGUCUUCCCGUCCUGGAGCAGCUGGGUGCAGCAGUGAAGCAGAGACUGGAGGACUGGCCGGAGCACCCAGCUCUUGUACAGCUGACUGUGGUGAUGGAGAGGAUCAUGGCUUUCAGUCUGGCCAGUCCUCUGGCCAAGUUCCUUAAUGGUCUGGAGAUUCUGCUCAGCAAAGCACAGGACUGGGAGAACAACGCCAGCCGCUCAGUCUCUCUGCGGAAGGAACUGGAACCAGUCACCCAGCUCAUCAUCCAGUGGCGCAAACUGGAGCUCAAUUGCUGGUCAAGCAGUCUGGACAAUGCAAUGAAGCGGCACACCGAGAAAUCCACCAAACACUGGUUCUCUAUCUACCAGCUAGUGGAGAGAUAUCUGGAGGAACAGAGGAUGGAGGCUAAUGCAGGUGAUGAGGCAGAGUGCCUCUCCUUGUCCUCAGUGUCUUCCACCCUCCAGGCCUUUAUGGAGGGCUCCACCCUGGGAGAGUUCCACACCCGCCUGGCAAUGCUGCUCAGCUUCCACUGCCACCUCCUGCUGGUCCCUAACCAGACUGGACAAGAAUCAUUGUCCAGUCUUUUGUGGAAUCUGCACAAAUACUACAGUCAGUUCUCUGACUGCAUCCAGACCAAGAUCAGUCAGCUCAGACAGCCCAUCGAGAAGGAGCUCAAGGACUUUGUGAAGAUCUCCAAGUGGAACGAUGUUAGUUUCUGGUCCAUCAAACAGUCAGUGGAGAAGACCCAUCGGACUCUCUUCAAGUUUGUCAAGAAGUUCGAGGAGGCUCUGAACGGUCCGAGUGUUCCCGCCCUGGUAGAGCAGGGAAGCAGCGCCAGCUUGGACAGUGUGGACGCCAACCCAGAGGAAACACCCAUCCACAGGGUUCACCGGGCACUGAAGAGCGUCCUGCCUGGAAAGGGCAGAGAUCUGCAGAAUGAGGGCCCAGAUGAAGAAGUCGAAGCUUCAUCCCUACAGGGACGUCUCCCUGUUCUGUCCAGGAAGAUGAAGAAAAUGUGUGUGCAGCUGCUGAAGAAACACCCAGUGCCUGAGCUGGCUGAAGACCUGGACUGCUUCACUGGGGAAGUUAUCAGCAACCUGCGGGACCUGCAGAGCCUCACCAUCGACAAGUCUGCAGAGAAAGAGAAGCAGAAGUCUGAGGUCAAGCACAUCCUGCAGCAGAAGCAGAGAGCUCUGUCAGACCUGUUCAAGAUGCUCACAGAAAUAGGUCUGUCAUACCGCAAAGGCCUGACGUGGAACAGGAUAGCUGACCCAGAGACCACCCUCUGUAUGCAGCCCCUGGAGAUGAGCACCGCUCUGUCUGCAGUCAGGAACCAGGAGCAGACCGAGAGCAUGUUGUUUACAGAGCUGUUGACAGCAUGGGAUGGAUGUCAGAAAUACUAUUACCGUUCAUGGGCCAGGAGAACAUCCCUGCAGACUGCUCUCCAGCAGGCUGCCAAGGAGCUGGGUCUGGGGAACAUAGAGCGCUGUAGAGGUUUCUCCUCUCACCUUUUCAAGCUGCUCCUCAGACAGAGGCGACGACUGGCCAAGCUCACUGAGCAAUGGGUCCAUCUCAGGAGGCUAACAGACAGUGUCCAGGGUGUCAAAGCCCACCUCCAAAGCCACAGUGAGGACGCAGGCUGCACCCUCCCACCCCAGGCAUCUCUCCUGGGUUGGGUCAGCAGAGGCCAGGCACUGGCCGCCCAGUGCGCCACCCUCCUGCAGCAGCUAGCCUGGCUGCAUCAGUGCUGCCCAGAGGACCUUCAACAGAAGGAGGAGACGAGCAGCUGCAGACAGCACACCCUGAGGUGCCCAUCCCCGCUGGCAGCACAGCGGCAACCUCCCGGCUGUCUGAUGCGGAGGGGAGACGCCGCCUGGUGCCAGCUAAACCAGCACCUGAAUGCAAUGUGCAAGCAGACUCAGAGUUUGAAGGUGGAGCUGGACAAUGUGGCACAGCAGACUUCAGAGAGAGUCCUCCACACAUGGAACCAUUUUGUUACGUGCUGUUCAGCCUUCGACCAGCUGGGAGCCGUAGUGGCUCAGAUGCCUAGCGUGGAGCAGCUCUUCAGCUCGGCCGUGUGUGUCGGCAGUCCAGACAGCCAGCCUGCUAUCACCCAGAGCCUGCAGUACGUCAGAGGACAGGUGGAGGCUAACAUCACAGAGUUCACCACCUGGAAGACCCAGCUGCUCUCCCUGGGACACCAGAACUCAGGUACAACUCAAGACCAUGACACAGACCAAUGUGGAAAGACUACAAUCUGCCAGCUGUUUGCUGCUUUGGCUGGACAGAAGUUUUUCUCAGUCAACUGUCACCUACACAUGGAGACGUCGGACUUCCUGGGAGGCCUGCGACCUACUGAUGGUGAGGACAGCAGGCUGUUUCAGUGGCAUGACGGUCCCUUGGUGCUGGCCAUGAAGGAGGGAGGAGUGUUUCUCAUGGAUGAAAUCUCCCUGGCAGACGAUUCGGAGGAGGAGGAAGAUGAAGAGCCUGUGGAGGACCUGCUGAAGCCCGGCCACCUGACUCGACUCCUGGAGGAGGAGCUGGCAACUGAGGUGGAGGCUCUGUGUGUGGGAGAUGUUAGUGCUGGGCUGGAGAGGCUGCUGAGCCGCCUGAGGACACACAGAGACUCCUGUCAGCCGCCACAGCUGCAGGAGGUGAACAGGCGCGUGCGAGUUGCUAGUCGUCUGGAGCCUGUUACUGGGGAUUUACCUCUGACUGCAUCCUUCACGAGCUCGCUCGAGGGUUUCUGCCUGCCUCAGGAGCUGAUGGCCGGUGGAGACGGAGAGGGCGCCACAGAGUUUCACGACUACGAGGGUGGUGGAAUAGGAGAAGGCGAGGGCACCAAAGACGUCAGUGACAAGAUCGAGAACGAAGAUCAGGUGGAAGACACUCUCCAGGAGGGUCAGGAAAAGGAAGAAGAGCAGGAUAAAGGGAACAUCAAGGCAGAGGACAACGCUAUCGAAAUGUCAGAGGACUUUGAUGGCCAGAUGCAUGAUGGGGAUGAGAAUGAACAAGGUGAAGAUGAUGAGUCUUCUAAAGAGGAUGAGGAGGAGCUGGAUAAAAAGAUGGGUGACCUGGGUGAAGGACAGACAGACACUCUGGAUGAGAGAAUGUGGGGGGACGAUGAGGACGAUGAGGAGGAAGGAAGUGACAAGGAGGAAGAGUCUGGCCAGGGCAUGGACCAGGGUGAAUCAGAGCUGGUUGCUAAAGAUGACAACUUGGAUGCUGCGGACCCCAACAAAGACAAGAAAAACCAGGACAAAGAUGAACAGAUGGACGAGGAGGAGAAAGAGAAAAUCCAUGAACAAGGAGAUGAGAGGGAGUUUGAUGAGAACGAAGUAGACCCCUACCACGGUCAGCAGGACAAGAGACCUGAGCCCGAGGCCAUGGACCUGCCCGAGGAUCUAAACCUGGACCAGGACGACGAGGCCGGAGACGAUGGAGAGGGCGAGGGUGACGAGGAGAAUCCAUUUGACAUCGAUGAGAAAGCCACUGCCUUGGAUGAGAAAGAGGAAGGGCAGAAAGAUGGAGACGAGGAGGAGGGAGCAGAGGAGAUGGAGGAAGACCAGACAGAUCAACCAGGAGAAGAGAACGGUCAGGAGCCCAAGGUCGAAGAGGAGGAAGAGCAGGAGGGAGGAGAAGAGAAAGCGGAGGGAGACGAGGAGUCAGCUGAGAAAGAUGAAGAGGAGGAGAGAGGACAGGAGGCAGGAAGAGAUGAAGAUCGGACUGUUCCAGAUGACAAAGGACACAAACCAAAGGAGGAGGAGGAGGAGGAAGGAGCAGGUGAGGAUGAGGAGCAGCCAGAGUCAGCUGAGAGGAAGGAGCACAACACAGAUGGUCAGACUGGAGAGCAGAACGUUCAGAGUGAUACAGCUGUGGAGCUGGCAGGAGAGGCAUCAGAGAGAGACCAAGCUAAAGAGGAGCAUGGGAGUGGAGCCGCUGAUGCCAGCCAAUCAGAGGGUCACCAGUCAAAGCUGACAGCAAGAAUGGCAUCGCAGACACACACUCAGGAUAAGACUCAGAGCUUCAAGAGGAAACCAGGUCAAGCAGACAAUGAGCGGUCAACCGGUGAUUACAACGAACGUGUUAACAAGCGUCUGCGUACAGUGGAGAGCAGUAAGGAUCGCACUGAGGACGGCCGGCAAAGUGAUGCCCAGCAGGAGUCAGACCUGUAUGAGCACAUCAAACAGGGAGAGACGGCCUAUGACACACAGACAUAUGAUGUUGCCAGUGCAGACCAGCAGAAAGCAGCAGGAACUCAGCAGGACCAGGAUGAAGAUCAGAAUGACGAGGAUGUUGCCAUGGAAACAGAGAACCAGGAAGAGGACCUUCAAGCUGCUGAGGUCCAGGAGCUGAAGCCUGAGCAGCUGGACUCUACCAAGGCCUCCCAGACAGGUGUAGACAGUGGAGAGAUGGAGGUGCAGAGGCAGGGAGAGGGGGAGGAGGAGGAGAGGUGGAAGGACCGACAAAACAUCAGAGAAGACGAGCGAGCAGAGAGAAGCACAGAAUCCACAAUUCACACAGUUCCUGAGCUGCUGCUGGACACCAUGCAGAAAGCAGAGAGGGACCCGGAGGAGAUGAGAAGGGAGAUGGAGCUGCAGCUGGAGGCCUGGCACAAACUGGCUCCAGGAACUCAGAAAGAGGAGAGCGCAGCAGCGUCCAUGUGGCACCAGUACCAGAACCUGACCUCAGCUCUGUCCCAGCAGCUGUGUGAGCAACUCCGCCUCAUCCUGGAGCCCACACAGGCCGCCAAACUCAAAGGCGACUACCGCACAGGGAAGCGUCUGAACAUGAGGAAGGUGAUCCCCUACAUCGCCAGUCAGUUCCGUAAAGACAAGAUCUGGCUGAGGAGGACCAAGCCCAGCAAGAGAGAGUACCAGAUCUGUCUGGCUGUGGACGACUCCUCCAGCAUGGUGGACAACCACUCCAAACAGCUGGCGUUUGAAUCCCUGUCAGUCAUCAUCAACGCUCUCACUCUGCUGGAGGUUGGACAGGUGUCUGUGUGCAGUUUUGGCGAGCAGGUGCAGCUGCUCCACCCCUUCCAGCAGCAGUUCAAUGAUGAGUCGGGGGCUCGGAUCCUCAGACUCUGUCAGUUCCAGCAGAAGAAGACCAGAAUAGCACAGUUUUUGGAGACCUCGACUAAAAUGUUUCUAGCAGCACAACAGCAGAUUCCUGGGUCUGUAAACUCAGAGACAGCCCAGCUGCUGGUCGUCGUGUCUGAUGGCAGGGGGUUGUUCCUAGAGGGGAAGGAGCGGGUGAUGGCGGCUGUACGGGCAGCACGCAGUGCAAAUGUGUUUGUCAUGUUCGUAGUGCUCGACAACCCCAACUCGCGGGACUCCAUCCUGGACAUCAAGGUGCCUAUAUUCAAAGGGCCGGGAGAACUGCCAGAGAUCCGCUCCUACAUGGAAGAGUUCCCCUUCCCCUUCUACGUCAUCCUGCGAGAUGUCAACGCCUUGCCGGAGACCCUGAGCGACGCACUCAGACAGUGGUUUGAACUCGUCACGGCAGCCGACCAGUAGACCAAUUAGAAGCCAUCUUUCACAGGAAGGGAGGGGAGGGGAAGCAACCAACUGCACAAUGCCACCCUGCUGCUAGCCUCUCAGCCACGACUCAGAAGGAGGACUCAAAAAAAGAAACGAAAAGACGGACUUGCCGCUGUACAUGUGCCUUUAAUUUCUUAUUUCUUAUUACUGUAGAUUUUAGUAGAGUUUGAUAGCAACCUUUGCUGUUUUGUCCUUGUUAUCAGGGGAAUUCUGUUUAUUUUGUAAUGUAACGAGAAUUGCUUUAACUUGCACGUCUGAGAUGAAAUGAUAGAAACAAAAAUGUGAUUCCCUUGCGUGUGAAACACCUCAGUGAAGAGUCAGUAAAUACCUCUGUCCCAAUUGUACGAUAGUCCUCAAAUCAUGUUGUGUGGAUGUUGUAGUCAGUGUUACAAAUCAUUUAUCUUCAGUGUUAACACGACAACAGACGGAGUGGAGCUGUUGGACCGUGUUUUAACAGAACCCUUCCUGACGUCACGACCUUACAGUAGCAUGUCGGUGUGGUCACGACUGACAUUCAAAGGAGCUCGAUAACGUGCCUUGGAGAGGAGGACAGUAUUGCAUCUCACCACACGCCUGAAUGAGCUGUUGGGGUGGAGGGUCAGAGGUCACAGCUCUGUCAGGGUUUUUAGAAAUUCAGCUGCACUUUGAAGCACAGGGACUGCAGAUUCCAGUUUUGAUAAAAGCCGCCAGUAUAACCCAUUUUUAGUGGUUUAAAGACGCAUAUCUGCUGUUCAUCUUCCACCCACACUGUGUGACUUCUGCUAAAUGAGAGCUCGUCACUGAGUCCUUUAGGAGUAGGAGUAGGUGUUGGUGAAAUGUGCGUUGAGAUGUUCAUUAUCACCUCUGUGUUUUGUAAUGUGGACUUACAUGUGAGCAGACAUCGGUCAUAUUUCUUCAUUGCAUCCAUCUGUUAAACCAUGACAUGAAUGAUCCUGACAAUAAACAGUUUACAAGGUUG